AUGGAUGCGGAUGCUCUACAGAAACUCAUUCAUUUGCUCCAGGCCACAGAUGAUCCAUUAAUUCAAGAGCAAGCUUUAAUCACUCUCAGCAACAGUGCUGCGUUCUCUGUAAAUCAAGAUAUAAUCCGAAAUUUGGAUGGCCUUUCUAUUAUUGGAGGGAUGCUCUCAGAUUGCGUUCCCAAAGUUAAAGAAAAAGCACUAAAUGCACUUAAUAAUUUGAGUAUGAAUAUUAAAAAUCAGCAAAAGAUACAGGUAUAUAUUACACAAGUUUGUAGGAAUGUUGAGUCAGCUCCCCUGAACUCUGAUCUGCAGCUAGCUGGACUCAGAUUGUUGACAAAUAUGUCUGUUAUCAGUGACUACCACCAUAAGAUGAUAAACUCAAUUCCAUGCUUUCUUCAUUUGCUUUCAGAAGGAACUGAAAGGACACAGAUUCAAGUUUUGAAAGUACUUGUGAACUUAUCUGCAAACCCAGCUAUGACAAGACAUCUUCUCAGAGCUCAAGUGCCAUCAUUGCUGUUACUUUUUGACACUUGUAUAAACAGAGAUAUUCUGCUUAGAGCCCUGGCGUUUGCAGCAAACUUGAAAAAGAACAUGAACAAUGAAGACAGCACCAUGAUUCAGGACCAAUACAGCGAAGAUUCAAUUUUCUUUACACUCUGCAGCGACUCUACCCCAUUUGCUCAGAAACUGGCAUCUUUAUUGCAUCACCCUGAUACAGAAGUGAAAGAGCAAGUUGUGAGAAUAUUAACACAAGAGUGAUUUUUUAAAAAAAAGACUGAUCUGAUGA